AUGGCUUCAAGCGUGAUCAUUUCAGUCCUCCUCAUGCUCUCUAUGUCUUCUUGCUGCAAUAUUUGUGUAUUUGGUUUGAUGAAUGUCUCUGUGGAUGAGGAAUUGGAGUUAGAGAGGCAACUAAAAAUUCUCAACAAGCGACCGAUCAAGACAAUAAUUCAGACCGAGGACGGCAAUAUAUUUCAUUGUGUUGCCACCACAAAGCAACCGGCACUUGACCAUCCGUUACUUAAUGAUCACAAAGUUCAGGUGGUUUCCUUGCUACUGAAGCCAAAAUUUCGAAUAUAUGGAGCUGGUGGACGUGUCUCUAUACAGAGCUUGGUUCUCGCACCAGAUCAAUUCAGUUCUGCAGACGUUUGGAUUCAAAGUGGUCCUUCUUAUAGCUUGAAUUACAUAGCAGCUGGUUGGAUGGUCUCUCCAAAGCUGUAUGGUGAUAGUCGCACUCGAUUAUUUACGUAUUGGACAGCCGACGGGAACCACAAAACUGGCUGCUACAAUACACUUUGUCCAGGUUUUGUGCAAGUUAGUAGAAAAAUAACUCGUACUUCUCUUGUAAGCCCGGCUUCCAAAUAUGGUGGAACCCAAUACGACUUGAAAAUCCAAGUUUUUCAUGAUCGUAAAACUGGAAAUUGGUGGUUUUUCGUGUCCGAUCGAAACCAAGAUAUACCGGUAGGUUAUUGGCCUAGAAAGCUAGUAGCAUGGGGAGGAAUUGCUAAACCUGGGAAAAAAGGGAUAAGCCCUCGGAUGGGGAAUGGUCAUUUUCCAGAUGGUAACUAUCGCCAUGCUUGUUACUUUUCACAUGUUCACUAUGUCAACAACAAAAACAAAAUGGUUCCCCCAGGGAAUCCUUGUACAUUUCAGAAUGUUGACAAACCAAAGUGUUACCGGCUCAAGAAUGACCUAUUGUUGCACCAAAAAGAUUUGGGCUAUAGCUUUACCUUUGGGGGACCUGGAGUUUUAUUUCAGUUGAAGGAAAUGGCGCCUCGCCGUAGGCCUGCUAAUCAACCGGCACAACAGAAUCAAGGAUUUCUGGAUGCCAUGUAUGCUGCCUUUCAAGGCAUGGCCACAAGAGCUCGAAACGAGCGGCCGGUUGAGAAUAUGAAGUAA